AUGUCCAGUGAAGGGCAGAGAAGGAGGAAUUUCCCACUCACUCGCCCUCCACAUAAGCGCCACAGGAGGUUUCUGCCACCAACCUCCCCUGGUGGAAUAUCAGCCUCAGGAUGGAUGUCUCCCGCCCAGUUAGGCACUCAAUCAGGCGACUCUCUCUCGCGACGACGCGGAGGAGGUCCCAGUCACCGGCCUCCUCCUCCGACGCUGCCACAGCUUCUGGGCCAGUCCCCGGAUCAGAUGGACGUCCUCUCACAGCGUCACCGAGGGCCCUCUACCACCGGCCCCCUCGGUGACGUCACGGUGUCUGGACGGCGUCUCCCGUCCCAGCGUCACGAGAGGAGGGGGGAUUCCAACGCCACAAGGGGCGUCUCCGUCCUACCGGGCAUCCCCCCGCGGCAACCCCACCGCCGACUCCACAACGCGCAGUCCGCGUGCAGCAAAUGUAACAAACGCCAGCAGCCGGGAGCAGCAAACGUCCAAGGCCAGAGGCCAGAAGCGGCAGGCAGCCGGGCAAACAGUCGAACGGAGGAAGGAGCCCAGAGAGCCGAAAAGAUAAAAAGCGCCAAACAGCCGGGUAGCAACAGGCAGCCAGAGGCGGCGAACAUCCAGGCCCAAAAGCGGACGGCCGAAGGCCACAACAGCUCCUCCCCGGCCACGGCAGGCGAAACGGCAGCCAAGAAGACUUUUCUGGGGCAAAACAAGUCAUUUUGGGGACCUCUGGAGUUGGUAGAGAAGUUUGUCCCUGAAGCUGCGGAGAUCACGGCCAGCGUUAAAGAUCUUCCAGGGCUGAAGACCCCUGUGGGCAGGGGGAGAGCCUGGCUUCGCCUAGCACUAAUGCAGAAGAAACUUUCAGAGUACAUGAAAGCCCUGGUAAAUCGAAGAGAACUCCUCAGUGAAUUUUAUGAACCGAAUGCACUCAUGAUGGAGGAGGAGGGUGUCGUAAUCGCUGGCCUCUUAGUGGGCUUGAACGUCAUUGAUGCCAAUUUCUGUAUGAAGGGUGAAGACUUGGACUCUCAGGUCGGUGUUAUUGAUUUUUCUAUGUACUUAAAGGACGGAACCAGUAGCAAGGGCUCGGAAGGAGACGGUCAAAUUACUGCAAUUCUGGACCAGAAGAAUUACGUAGAAGAACUCAAUAGACAUUUAAGUUGCCUAGCUUCCAGCUUGCCGCUGUUGGUAAAACCGCAAGGUCACAAACAAGACAGGAACUGCCGCAUCGGCACGCCUCGAGUGAAUGUAACGGAAACAGUUGAAGGAGGAAACGCUAUCCACGGGCUGGAUGUGGAAAAAGAACUGGAGGUCCAGAUCGGCAUGAGACAAGAGAUGGAGCUGGCCAUGAGGAUGCUGGAGAAAGACGUUUGCGAGAAGCAAGAUGCCCUGGUGGCUCUCAGGCAGCAGCUGGACGAUCUCAGGGCCCUCAAACAUGAACUGUCUUUCAAGCUGCAGAGUUCAGACCUGGGAGUGAAACAGAAGUCCGAGAUAAACAGCCGUUUGGAGGAGAAGACGAAUCAGAUGGCUGCGACCAUUAAACAGCUUGAACAAAGAUUGCAGCAGGCCGAGCGCGAGCGGCAGACUCUGGAAGAGGACAACCGGCUCUUCAAACUGGAGUUCGGGGACAAGAUCGACAGCCUGCAGCUGGAAGCGGAACAGCUCCGGAAGCAGCGGAGUCAACUCGAACAGGAAUUGAAACGCUCACGAGACCGGUUGUCGCCUUCUCGCUAUGGGAUGCAGGAAAACAAGAGCUUGCCCAGCCAAGGCAAGGACUUCCCAAAGACCCGAUCAAGAACGGAUUCUGGAAGCAAACUCCUGGAAGAAGAUUCUCAGCGGAGAACGUCAACGAAGGAGGAGAAUGCAGGACUUCCAAUCAAGACGCCUCCUAGCGGACAAGAAGACCACGAGCAGACUUCUGGCCCUCGGAAGUCCCAGCCGUGCCAGCUGUGCCAAGAAGAAAGCACUCGAAACCAAAAGAAGAAUGUUUGCAAGAACUGUGGCGGGAUCUUCUGCGAGGCCUGCUCAGCGAACGAAAUUCCUCUCCCAUCCAGCAUCAACCCAGAACGGGUCUGCGACCGGUGUCAUAAACACUUGAUGCAGCAAUAUUCCGCAAGCCCCUCGUAAAGUCUCAGAACCGCGCGUUCUGCCCAGCGUCACUUGUGCCCACCAGCUGACCUCCACUGUGAAACACCAUCUCUUCCAAAUGUCUCUGUGGCUGAUGGGAGAGAUGCUUAAAGAACUCCUGCAGGACCAGGGGCAUGACAUAAUUGCACUGACAAUCCAUCUAUUAACUAUAAAUGUUUGAGGCUCCUUGGUGAGCCACCUUUUGCAGAAUUUCACUCAGUUUCUUGCCUUCACUAUGAAAGAGUUCAGGUUCUUGUGCAUCUGCGCUGGAAGCAAGUGCUGUAGGCUGGGGUGGUUUUUUUUGCAGGCAUGGAAGACAUUGUUGAACUGCCUCUCUUUGAAUUUGGAGGUGUAUCAGAGCUCACAGCAAGGGAGAAGAGUGCAACCCAUGAGCCUCCGAAAGGACGCAUGCAGGGUACUCCUUCCCGGAAGUCAGUCAUUCCGCACUGGUUCCUGGAAGCCACGUGAACUAGACAAAGUUCAGUAUCAGCCGCUUCCUAAGGAGGAGCUUGCAAAUGCACAGAGCCCUACAAUUUGUACUAUCUUAGUUACACAUGGCAGAUACCCAUGUUCUACUUGUUGAGAGGCCCUAGAAUUGCAUAUGGAAUUGCAUAACCCCAGAAAACAAAUUAAAGGUAGUUGUGUCCACUGAGGCACCACAAGGAGCCUUAUUUUUUAUGUUUCCUCAGAUUAAUUUUUGUUGAGGCUCUGAUUUUGUAUGUGCUGCAAAAAUUUAUUCCACCAAGCUCCUUGAGGGAGUGACGUGUGAAUUGCACUGCACUUUUUUUUAAAAAAAAACUGCACAGUCUGCAAGUUUGUUACCAAAAAACUUGACCAAAAUCUGUAAGGUGGCAUUUUGAACUCCCUAGUGUACCUAUUUGCAGAAUGGCCAGGGGGUGAGAGCAUCAACUGAUUGUGAAUUCUCUUGAGUCAGUAGAGUGGAACUUGAAUCCCGAAAACUUUUCCUGCUUAAGUAAAAACGUGCCGAGUUUGCGUAUUCAGGUUGUAGAUGAAGCAGGGUCAUAUCUAUUCGUGCAAAUUUAAAAUGAUUUCAGUGAGUUGGCGGAUAAUUUCUUUACUGUAAACUAAUGGAUUUUAGGAAUGUUCAGUUUUACGAGAAUAUGCUCUGAAACAAAAUGGAGCAAAUAUACCUCUUAUUGGGGUACCAGCCGUUUAGUAGCUUCAAAAUUGCUGCUUGGACUUUCUGUGAACCACAUCACGUGCUUUGUGGUAAGAGGGCUGCUAACUGGAAACCUGCAGAAUGUAAUCAGAUCUUAAGAGAGCUGGUGUUUUAUCACUGUGAUGUUGUGCAGACAAUCAAAUAUUUAUGGAAGUACAGUGUGGUUCAUUUUA